AUGUCUGGAGGGGACAAGUCUUCGUCGCUGAAUAUUUUGUUGGGUGUGACUGGAUCGGUGGCCACCAUCAAAACAUGUGAAACCAUUAAAUUAAUGCAAUCUAUUCCCACUUACGAUCACAUCAACAUCAAAUUGAUUGUCACACAAAAUUCUCGACACUUUCUUGACGUGGAGACGCUAACUAAUGACAUGAAUAUUGAGAUGAUCGACGACUUAAUGGAGUGGAAGUGGGAGAAGCGUGGGGAUCCUGUAUUACAUAUUGACGUAACCAAAUGGGCUGAUGUGUUCGUCAUCGCUCCCUUGGACUGUUUAACGCUUUCAAAAAUUGUCCAUGGACAUUGUGAUAAUCUGCUGUCUUGCGUGGCCUUGGCUUGGCCUAUUAAAGAGAAGCCAAUGGUUGUGUGCCCUAGCAUGAAUCCGAAGAUGUGGGAGAAUCCGGCCACAAAAGGAAAUGUGGCCAAAAUGCGAGCUUUUGGAAUUGAAAUGGUUGGCCCUAUCAGCAAAAAAGUCAUGUGCGGAGAUUUUGGCAUAGGCGCAAUGGAAGAACCCAAAGAAAUUGUUGAAAAUUUGAAGCGUAUUCUGAAACAUAAGUCGCAGGAAUAUGUAAUACCAUCUGCCAUUUUUAGUUUGGGGAUACUCAUUACAAUCUUGGGAGUGAUUUUACCCCGUCACUAUUUAAAUUGAUUUGCGACAAUCACAUUGGAUCAUAAACAUUUAGUUUCAAUAAAAAGCAUUUGACGUA